ACCCAUUACAGCUUGUAGAGUAGAGUUUCUAGCUACAGAAACCUAGCAUAUACAAGCUACCCAAAAAAGUCCUUCUGUCAUAGGUAGGCCAAGACAGUGUCUACAAUAUAUACAGGUCCAUUGAGACCCUCCCUCCUUGGUAGAGUGCAAUCCAAGUAUGAACUGGUUGCAAGGAGUACCGCUGACGGUCUGUCUAUUUGUGACGCUACUUUUGCCAGGUUUACUUGCUCAACCAUCACCACAAUUUAAUAGCAACUACAAUAUUACAUUCAACCAAAACUUACCAACGGGUCAUACAAUUGCCACACUUCUUUGCUCUUUUAGUGGAGUUGUCAACUACCGAUUUCUAAACCCUGACGACGUGAACUUUCUUACUUUAAGCGAAACUAAUGGUGGUGUAGCGCUCAACAUUGAUGCAUUAAAUAUAUCGACUGGUACAUUCUCCUCUUUCGUUGAGUGUUUUGACGUAAGUGAUAGUACAGAUUCAACCUCAGCAAUCUUCAGAGUGACACGUAUCGAUGAAAAUGAGUUCAGUCCACGAUUUCUUCAUGCUGCAAUCGAGCUCUCGCUUAGUGAAGAUUUUCCGCUAAAUACCUUGAUCACAAUUGUGAACGCUACAGAUGAAGAUCGAGGUAACCUUGGAGUGAUUGAAUAUUCUUUCGAGUCAUUGGACCCUGAGGUGUUUAGUAUUUUUGCCAUCAACUCAGAAACUGGAGAGAUCACUUCGCAGUCUGCUUUAGAUUAUGAGCAAAAUACUGUGUUUGAUUUUCUUGUACGAGCAGCAAACACUUUUGAUCAAGGUGUUGGUAGAAACCUACGAGUAACAAUUUCUGUAGAAGAUAUUGAUGAUACUGCUCCGACUUUCGAGUUGGGUACAUAUGAUGUAGCUGUACACGAAACCGUACUCGACAGUAUUGUCGCUGGUAUAGACUAUCCAAGACCUUCGGCAGGAUUUCUAGUGACUAGAUGCAUUGAUCCAGACACAGCCUCCAGUCAAAUAACCUACUCUCUAGUAGGCACUGGUAGUAUCAGUCCUCUUAUCUUGGACGAAGCUUCUGGCUCUUUCUCUGUCAAUGCUGACCUUGACUAUGAGACACAAACAUCGUAUUCCUUCAUGGUCACAUGUUACGAUAACUCAGAGAGCAAUCAAUCCAGCACUGUAAGCGUUGAUGUGGCAAUCUUACCAGUAAAUGAACAAGUGCCUGUGAUUGUACAAAGACUAAGUACAGUUGUAAUUUCGGAAACGGUAACCGUAGGUGUUGUUAUAGCAACAGGAAACUCAAGUUUAGCUGAAGUUAGUAACAAGUUUCUAUUUACAGAUACAGAUGCUGGUGCUGAUGGAAGCAUAACGUAUACAUUGGAUGAUGUUAUUCCCGGUUCUGGAGACAGUGAAGCUUUCUUGCUUGACUUGGUAUCAGGUGAUUUGUCAUUCACAGAAAAUUUGGAUAAUGAUGUGGAUGGUAUUACUUUGAUUGCUGGAUUGUAUAGACGCUUUGCUAUUUCGAUUGUUGGUUGUGAUGAAUUUCCACCCAGUGAUCAGUGCAAUAACUUUGAUUUCCAAAUUUUUGUGCUUUCCGUUAAUGAGUUUGACCCGAUUAUUGCUGAAGAACGAUACACGCGAAUGUUUCCUGAAUCCUACCUAACUGGAAGUGUGAUACUGAGUGCUAGCGAUGUGUCCUGUACUGAUGCGGACAGGGGAAGGGGAGAGUUGGGCAUGGACCAUGUUGAAAUUGUUACCACUUCUUCAACAAUCACAGAUUUGUUUCACAUUGAUACUCGCACAGGUGAAAUUCAACUCCAAGGUGUGCUUGAUUACGAGGUAGCCACGAAUUAUGGUUUUGAGAUUCGUUGCUAUGAUAAUAAUGGACGUGAAGACUUAGCAAUAGUAACGAUAGACAUUGUGCCAGAAAACGAUAAUUUCCCUGUCUUUGAUCAGAGGAGCUACUUUUUUAACGUAUCUCGCACCACUCCUGCUAAUCGAUAUGUAAUUGGAAGGAUAUCUGCAACUGACAUAGAUGUUGGCCUUGGUGGUGAUAUUACAUACAGCUUGCAAACGAACGGUUUUGUUGACAUCAAUACACUUGGCGAACUACUACUUUUCAACUCUGUACUGAACAUAACAGAGACAAGCGUAAGCUUCACAGCCUUUGUUACUGACUCUGAAUUUACUGAUGAUGUUUUGGUCGUUCUUCAAAUUACUGAAGGAAAUACAAAUCGUCCAUCUUUUGCUGACGGAACUAGUGAUUCAAUACAACUCAGUGAGCUUGUUAUGUUCGGAGAAACUGUUGCAGAUUUGAGCUGUAGUGAUCCUGAUAGUGGUGCUAAUGGAGAAGUUAGGUUUUCUAUAUCAGAAGGCAACACUGAUGAUGCGUUCAGUAUUGAUCCAAUUACAGGUGAGAUAACCGUGAAUAGAGCGCUAACCCUCCCAGAAGGCACAUCAACGGAAUCGUACACACUCGCUCUUAGGUGUGACGAUCUAGGUGUACCAACAUUCUUCGAUGAUGCCACCAUUUUUGUAACUGUCUUUAGAGAUGAUUCGAAUCCUCCAAUGAUAACAAACACGACAAUCAAUAUUUUUUUGUCGGAAGACACGGCAACAGGUACUAUAGUAGCCACUAUUGAAGCUGUGGACAUUGACUCAGACCAACUAAACUAUAGGCUUGAAAACGAAAGCUCUCCUGGUUUCUUCUUUAUCGAACCAACCACUGGUGAUCUUACGCUUGGUGCACCCCUUGAUCGAGAAAUAAUUAGUGAAUAUCGUAUGGUAGUAGUAGUUACAGAAAAUCGUAUUGUGAUUGGUCCCGAGAGAUCUGACAGUGCUCUUGUCAACAUAUUCAUCAGAGAUGUGAAUGACAAUAAUCCAACAUGUACUCGUACUUUGAACAAUGCUGAUGUUGAUGAAACGGCUGGUGUAGGCACGCUUAUACUUCAGCUGCAAUGUAAUGAUCCUGACUUGAAUGAGAAUGGGCUUCUCACGUACACACUUGUAGAGGAUUUCAAUGUUCUGAGUAUUGAUUCCGGUACCGGAGUGAUAACUCUUGGAAAUCUUCUAAACAAUACAGAGAGCACCCUUCUCCCCGCAACUGUGAUAGUAUCAGAUUCUGGAAUUUUGGAGACUCGCCAGAUUCAGAUCCAAGUAACAGUUUCUAUUAUUUCUCGAAAUAACAACCAACCUACUUUUCAGAAUUUGCCUAUGACCAUAAACGUUAGCGAGGCUCAAUUGUUAGGAGAUGUUUUCUUCACUGUUGUUGCAACUGAUUCUGAUCGUGGAAGCUUUGGACAAAUUAUAUACUCAAUUGCUGGAGGAAAUGAGAACACUUUCAGCAUCAUAUCCAACACUGGUGGGCUAUCUUUGGUAGAGAAAUUAAACUUCUUUUCUCAGGCUGUAUAUUCACUCAAUAUUUCUGCUAGCGAUACAGAUUUUGACUCUUACGAGACUCUCACGAUCAAUGUACUCGAUGCUAAUGAAUACAACCCUGUGUGUGAAUCAAUUCAGGAAAGUUUCUCACUUGCUGAGAGUAUCGAACCUAACGCCCUUGUGUUUCAACAACUCUCUUGCUCUGAUAAUGAUGAAGGGAGCAACGGUCAAAUUGUGUAUACUAUUGAGUCCGGAAAUAUUGAAAAUAUAUUUGAAAUUCAAACUGAUGGCACUGUGGCAACUACUGAUGUGCUUGAUUAUGAAGCUGUACAGGAAUAUAAUCUUGACGUCCUGGUUUCUGAUGGAGGCUCUCCGCCACGUUCUACAAUGGUUGCGAUUCGUGUAACCGUCACAGCGGUGAAUGAAUUUCCACCAGUCUUCACUCAAGCACUGUAUGAAAUGAACAUUGUAGAACAUAGCGAUAUCUCAACAUCUGUGCUUCAGGCUAUGGCUUCAGAUCAAGAUUUAGCAUCACAUCGAGAUGGGGAGAUAGCCUUUUCUAUCAAUGGCCCUGAUGCACGUUUCUUCACAAUUGCUAGCAGUGGAAUUAUCCGUAUCGCGAGUGCAAUAGACCGAGAAUUGACAGGUAACUUACUAAUAUUCACUGUUACCGCUACAGACCAGGCAGUCAUUCCCCAAAGCAGCUCAGCACUGAUAAACAUCACAGUAGUAGAUCUUGAUGAUAAUUCACCCGUAUUCACGACUGAUCUGUACGUAUUCGUAGUGAAUACAACAGCCACGACAGGUACUCAAGUAGGAUCCACACUUUGUACUGACAUAGACGCACCAAGCAAUGCUCGAAUUUCAUAUUCAUUCACAGAAGAGGGAGAACACAGCUCAUUUUUCGAUAUCAGACAAAAUGGUAGGAUCGAACUUAUACAAGAUGUUCCAAUAAACAGCAUUUUUACUUUCGAUAUUGUUUGCACAGGACCUAGUCCACUAAAUAGAUCUGACUCCGCUACUGUCAGUGUGAGAGUGCUACUCAAUUCCACAAUCACUUUUCAUCCAGACAGUACUUAUGAUGCGAACAUUAAUGAAAAUUCAGCUUCUGGAACUGAGAUACUGGUAUUAAAUGCUACCGCAAGUACUGGAGCAAUUCUUAAAUUUAAUCAGAUAAAUCUUCUUAGCCAGUUUCGGGUUGAUGAAUCUAGCGGCAGCGUUCAAUUGACAGGUGCUCUUGACUUUGAGACCACUGAGUCGUAUAGCUUGAGAGUUGAAGCCACUGACAAUGGUGACCCUCCAAACACAAACGAAGCUAUUGUCCAUGUGACUGUUAUCAACCUCAACGAUCGAGAACCCAGAAUCACAACGGAACCGACUGAAAUAGUGAGAGAAGAAGAGAACAACAUCGAUGUUGAGACUCUCGAUCAGUACCUUUGCUCAGAUGGGGAUAGUGGAGAUUUUGGAGAUGUGUCGUUUAGGAUUGCUGAUGGAGAUACCAAUAAUAUAUUCUCAAUAACAGCACCAGGAAUGCUACUACUUGUAGGGGAUCUUGAUUAUGAGAUUGCUACACACUACACUCUGCGAAUAGUAUGUGAAGACGGAGGAAAUCCGCCACUAUCGGAUGAGAUAACAGUUCCGAUAAGAAUCUUACCAGUGAACGAUAAUCCUCCAAUUUUCAACACAGUGCAACCAAUUACCGUAGAUGAGAACACGCCUAUUGGAACCAAUGUUGGCUUACCAAUAGCAGCAACCGAUCAAGACAGCCCUCCUCACAAUACAAUCUCCUACUCUAUAUCACCUACUGACUCGCCCUUCAGCAUCUCACCGACAACUGGCCAACUAACGCUUCAAACCUCUCUCGAUUUUGAAGAAGCAUCUGAAUACAUGCUCACCAUUCGAGCUGACAAUGAUGAACGUAUCACUACUGCUAAUCUUACUAUCACUGUUAGCGACGUCAAUGAUAAUAUUCCCGUAUUUUCUCGCUUUCUCUAUUUUGGAACAAUUCCUGAAUCAGCAAAUAUUGGAGAUAUGGUCUUUCUCGUUGUUUGUACAGACAGAGACUCGGGGGCUAAUGGUGACAUUAUGUUCACACUCGUAGGGGACUUUCCAUUUCAAAUUGAAAGUAAUGGAGCUCUUACUGUGGCUGGAACUCUCGACCAUGAAGCUCAGUCAUUAUACAGAUUUGGAAUCACUUGCAGUGAUGGUAUUUUCUCUGCUUCCGCUGACAUAAUCGUGAUUGUAGUUGAUGUGGAUGAGCACAUGCCAGUAUUCGUUGCACAUGUGUACAAUUUCAGUGUCUCUGAAGACGAUGGUAUCAAUACUGAGAUAGGAACGGUGGAAGCUAUAGAUCAAGAUGGACUUAUAGCUGGUGUAGUAAUGUAUGAGUUUCCAGAUACUGACGUACCUUUCGAAGUUAACGUGGACAGUGGUGUUCUAACACUAACGUCCAUAAUUGACUACGAAGAACAGCAGAUGUAUACUUUCUUCGUAGAAGCGUUUGAUGUUGCAAACAAUCGAGACACUGCACUUGUUAUGGUCGAGAUAAACAACGUGAACGACAACAAUCCUUCUUUUUCUGACAAUUUGUAUUUCUUUAGCGUUCGAGAAUCUUCUCCUCAAAACACACCAGUUGGAAUGGUUGAGUGUAUGGAUGUAGAUGAUCAGACAGAAGGUAUUCCUGUGCAGUACUCACUUGGUUUUCAAGACGUUCCGUUUCAUAUAGAUUCCACAUCUGGCAUGCUAGUUGUCAAUGGAGUGGUUGAUUUCGAAACUACGGCACGCUAUAUGAUUCUAGCAUUCUGUAAUGACUCUGGUAACAUAGAAGUCAGCACUGAUAUCACUAUUGACUUGGAGCCUUUCAAUGACUUUGCUCCAAGUUUUGUAGAGCCGUCCAGUGUUAAUGCAUCAGAGUUGGAAGUAGCCGAGAAUUUGGCGGUGGGAAACACUUUGGCACGUUUAAUUGCUGUUGAUGCCGACCAAGGACCGCAAGACCAUAGAGCGGUGGUGUUUAGUAUAAUUGAUGGCAAUGGUGAUAAUGUGUUCGUUAUUACCAGUAGUUUAUUACGAUUGCAAUUACCUUUAGAUCGAGAGCAAGUAUCAGAAUAUUUACUGGUUCUAAGAGCAGAGAAUGUCAUUUCACCGGAUGAUACUAGCAAUUCCAUCUCACUCUUUUCAAUUGCUACAUACAGGAUUAUAGUAACGGACAUCAAUGACAACAGCCCGAUUAUAUCUCCGGAAAAUCCACCAGUCAUCACCCUAAUUGAAUCUAACAGCAGCAAUGUGGAUGUAGCGGUCUUUGUAUGUACAGACGCUGAUGAUGGAUUGAAUGGAUUAACAAACUUUUCCUUGUCUAGCACAAGUCUCUUUGAUAAUUUUAUCAUAACUGAGAAUGGUGUAGUCAGGACGAUAGCCCGAGUGAUUAACAGUAUUGUACUGGAUAUCACAUGCUCUGAUCGUGGACAGCCACCAAAAUCUACAACAGUCAGUCUAGCCAUCAAUUCGGUGAUCAUUAAUGAACACGCACCGAUUUUCUCAUUGUCAAGUUACAGUUUUCGUGUGCUGGAAAAUGCUACAUUAGGUACCAUUGUAGACUGUGUAAUGGCUACUGAUAUGGACAGAGCAGACACUUUAGAUGGUACCAUCAGUUACUCCCUAAUUCUAGUGUCCCCACAGAAUAACCAAGGCUCCUUUGGAAUCCAAGAGGACACUGGGUGUGUUUUUGUAGCUGCUCCUCUUAAUUUUGACAUUGUUCCUUCCUACUUCUAUCAAGUUGUUGCUACUGAUCUCAGUGUUGAACCACUCAGUUCAACAGCCCAGCUAUUGGUCUCCAUAGAUGAUGCUGUCGCAGCUCCACCAGUAUUCGAGAAUAUACCAUACAGCUCAACGCUUUUUGAGAAUCAAGAAAGUGGCACCUUUGUUGUUGAGCUUGUCUGCAGUGAUAUUGACGACAAUGAUGAUGUGCUAUACAGUAUACUCGAUGGGAAUGUUGAUGGGAUUUUCGUUGUCAAUAUGGAAACUGGAGUGAUUACACUCUCUCCUGGAAUGACAUUGGACUAUGAAAUGAGCCCUACCCACAUACUAACUGCAGCUUGUACUGAUAUACAUAAUCUACAAGCGACAACAUUUGUUAAUGUUAUCGUGUCUCCUGUUAACGAGUUCACACCGACUUUUGCAUCAGGACCAUUUGAAAUUGAGGAAAAUGCUGUACGUAGAAGUGAGGUGAUACAGUUGCAGUUUUUUGAUGAUGAUAAUGGACUGGAUGGAGUGGUGGUGUUUGAAGUUAUCGGAGACAUUUUAGAUGAUGAUUUUACUGUAACAGCCUCAGGCCAAAUUCUUGUGAAUGGUACACUGGAUAGGGAGGAGUUCGACUUUUACAGUUUCCAAGUUCGCAUCACCGACCAAUCAGCGGACCUUUUGAAUAGACGAAUGUCAUCACAUCUUGUAAACAUCACUAUACUGGAUCAGAAUGACAAUAAGCCAAUAUUUGCUUUCGAUACGUACACCUAUGGGCCUCUGAAUGGAAAUGAAACCGUUGGAACCAUUGUUGGAAACGUCUCCUGCACUGAUUUUGAUCUCGGAGCCAAUGCUAUGAUAAGUUAUUCAAUAUCCGAUGCAAGCGAUUUAUUUGACGUUAACGUAAACACUGGCAACAUUUUUGUGAUAGGAAACCUGGCAACAAGACAAUUUGAUGACAUAAUCCUAUUCAUAGACUGUGCUGAUGCUGGUAAUCCUAUUCGGUCUGAUGCUGCCCGUGCACUCAUUGAAAUACAGGAAGUCAAUCGUAAUGCCCCAGAAUUCCUCAACAGCUCUUAUUUGGUUCAAGUGCCUGAGGAUACACAGUUACUGAAUGAAGUGAUCCUAACUGUACAAGCUGUGGAUUCAGAUGAUGGUGUGAAUGGAGAAGUAAGGUACUCAUUAGUUGAUAGUGUCGAUACAACAUUCUUCAUAAAUGAAGACACAGGUGAUAUAUCUAUUCUCAGAUCUCUGGAUGUUGAGACUAGAGCAUUGUAUGUGCUGACUGUAGUUGCAAGAGAUGGUGCUAUUGAUAGUAAUACUCAGUUGAUGUCCAAAGUGAAUGUUACUAUUGAAGUGACGGGUGUGAACGAGUUCACUCCAGUCUGCUUUGAUCCGAUUUACGUUACAAUCAUCAAUCAUACGACUAUUGGACCAAUCAUAGAUUUUCGAUGUACUGAUGGUGACAUUGGUAUGGAUGGUGCUCUGUCAUACACAAUAUGGAGUGGAAAUGAUAACGGCUUAUUCAAUGUCAGUGAAGAUGGAUCUUUCAUUGUGACUACUUUCAUAUUACCAGACCCAAAUUUCGAGCAAUUUGUGCUUCAGAUAUCUGUGACAGACAUGGGAAUGCCAUCACUUCAAAUCACAAUUGAAGCUAUCUUGAUAUACUCCUUCGAUAAUCUGGACACUCCGACAUUCGAAUCGCAACUUUACUCUUUCAAUGUGUCUGAGAGUUCAAUGGUAGGCACAAUAAUUGGUCGUGUGGUAGCAUCAGAUUCUGAUCCUGGAUUGCAAGGGCAAGUUGUCUACUCCGUAACUGGUGUAGGGAGUUUUGAAGUAGACCCUGUAAGUGGAGAACUGUUUAUUCGUCGACCUCUCGACUGGGAGAGUACACCCACCCACACUUUCACAGUCAUGGCUGAAGAUAGCGACCCUUUAGCUCCUCUUAGGGGUGUGACCACCGUGACAAUUAAUGUUAUCAACGAGAACGAUAAUAUACCCCAAUGUGAGAGUAUGUUCUAUACUGUGGAGAUAUUUAGCAAUGCGACUAUUGAUGAGACAGUGGUGUUAUUGAAUUGUGAAGAUGCUGAUCAAACACCUAUACAGUUUGAACUCUCGAGUGGACAAAAAUCUCCAUUUGGAGUAGACCCCAUCACAGGGAGAGUGUAUAUUGCUGCCCCUGUCACACCUUCUACUGUUACUGCACUGGAUGUAAAUGUGAUUGGGAAUGGUGGAGAGUUCACACAAAUAACUAUUAGUAUUCAAGUGAUAUUCAUCAAUACUCAGCCCCCUGUGUUCGUCGAACGUCAGUUCUCCAUCUCCAUACCAGAAAGUACACCACUCCUCACAGUGAUUGGAUAUAUUUCUGCCACAGACCCAGACAGUCAUCAAGCUGAUCUCAUUUACUUCAUAGAAGACCCUUUGCCUCCUAGCGAACUAUAUAUUAACCCCACCAAUGGUGGAAUUAUACUAACCAGCCCCCUUGACUUUGAAACAACAGCACAAUACUCGUACAAUGUAUUUGUUAUGGACGCAGGUAGUUUUGACGAGUCAUAUCAGCUAGUGGACAUGGCAACUCUCACUGUUAAUGUAACAAACACCAACGACAACUCUCCCAUCCUUGACAGUGGUGGUGUGUAUGGAGUAACUGUCAUGGAGACCACCUCAAUAGGAGCAAGUCUUGUGAAUAUAAGUUGUACCGAUGACGACGCCUCACCCUUUUCCUCCCCUCAAGUCUCCGCUAAUCUCACUGCUACUCCAUUCAGACUAGUACCAUUAGAAGAUCUCUACAGCAUUGAGGUUUCACAGCAACUAUCUGGUCCUUCAUCUUUCAUUUUCGAUAUACUCUGCACUGACAACGGAAAUAUAUCAUCUGAGGGUCAAGUCUAUAUAUUUGUGCCUGAGCCAUUGGCGCCAGUUUUCACAGAACCACGCUAUGACUGGAUACUUAGUGAAACUGGAGAAACAGGAGAGCAAUACAGUAACAUACAGGCAUCUAGUAAUGAUGGUUCAGCAAUCACGUAUUCAAUUACUGAUGGCAAUGAUAACAACAUAUUCUAUAUCGAGCCUGACACUGGUGUCAUCAUUCUUGUUAUAAGUCUCGACUUUGAGAUGCAGACCAGCCAUGGUUUAGUUGUGAGGGCAGUUGACGGCAGUGGAAGGCAAUCAAGUGUUUUACUUCUAGUGACGAUUGUGGACGAAAAUGAUGAAGUACCACUAACUCCGCCUUCUGCCCUGCUCUCAGUUAGGCAAAAUGCUCCAGUUGGAUUUCCGAUUGGUGUCCUACAAUGCACAGACCUGGACUCGAUAGCGAACACAACAUUCAGUUUUGAUCCACCCAACACUCUAUUUAGCGUUGAUAACUUGGGUAUUGUGAGACUAGAAGGUGCGCUAACAGAUACUCCAGUAUAUUCACUACCCGUGCUAUGUUUCGAUAUAACUCGCCCUGAGGACGUCUCUAUGGGAAUUAUUACCAUUGAAGUGGAGUUUGUUAAUGUCUAUCCACCAAUCUUCGGAUUCGAUUCUUACAUAUUCUCUAUACCGGAAGAUGCUCCUCCUCUAUCCUUUGUUGGUCAGAUUUCGGCAACUGAUAGAGAUGUGGGUAGCUUUGGUGAGAUUGCAUACAUGAUUUUUGACGGCAAUCCAGAUCAGUUUUUCAUCGAUGCUAUCACAGGUCGUAUUGGCGUUCUUACCUCAGUCGAUCGUGAGACGAUAGACACGUACGUUCUUAAUAUUGCAGCUAUUGAUGGAGGGGUGGCUGCCCUUCCUGGGACCAGAUUGAACGAAACAACUCUAGUGACUAUCAGAAUAGCGGAUAUUAAUGAUAACCAUCCUAUUCCACAGCAAUUUACAUACAUUCAGUCCAUUUCGACGAAUCACACACUACUUUCGCCUGUACUCACAGUCACAUGCACAGAUGCAGAUCUGUUGGAUAACGGUGUCAUUGAUUACUCCUUAGAACAAGACGGUCAAAAUUUUGUAAUACAGAGUAAUGGUACUGUUCUGCUUGCAAGAGAGCAGACAACACAAGCAGUUCACAAUUUUCAAGUAGUGUGUACAGAUCGUGGUGUCAAUAGACUUUCGUCCUCAGCUCAAGUUACGGUGACCGUUGACAUUGCGUCUCUUAUUGCACCUGUCUUUGAUCUGCAAGAAUAUAACAUAUCUAUCGAUGAAGAUGUCGCCAUUCACACUUCAAUUCUGCAAGUGAAUGCUGUCCCAAGCAAUCCUGACAUUGAAGUGGUCUAUUCUAUUGUUGGCGGGAACGAGGGAGGUGUCUUUACUGUUGAUCCUCUGUUCGGCAACAUUUUAGUGAUAGAUGAGCUAGAUGCUGCAUUUCAACAAGAGUAUGUGUUAACUGUGAGUGCUACAAUUGCAGGCAGAGCAAGCAUCUCUUCUCUUGUCAGCGUGUUUAUAACUGUCACUGACUUGAAUGAUAACAUCCCCCAGUUUUCCAGCCCAUUCUACUCUGGAAACGUCACUGAAGGAGCAAGCAUUUCCACUCCCAUUGUACAGCUAAUGUGUACAGACUCCGAUCUAAAUACAGACAUCAGCUACUCGAUACUAUACUCGCUAAACAUCUUCAAUAUCACAGAUGAAGGUUUGAUUUACGUGAACAGUGUUAUUGAUUUUGAGAAGAAUACUUCUCACGCAUUUGAAGUGACUUGUACUGACGGAGGCAGUUCCCCUCACACAGUAAGGACGUCUGUUAGAAUUAAUGUUGAUCCAGUCAAUGAGUUUGUCCCGACGUUCUCACAAGCAAUUUUCAACUUCACUGCGUCUGAGAACAGUUUUGGAGCGCAAAUUGGUAUUCUCGAAGCAAUUGAUGACGAUACUGGAUUCCAUGGUGAUGUGAGGUACUUUUUGCAAGACCCUGGUAACAAUUCGGUGGUAUUAAUAAAUUCGUUGACUGGAGAGCUAAUUGUGGCAAAUAAUCUUGACUAUGAGGUGCAAAGAGAGUGGGAUCUCAGCGUAAUAGCUGUUGAUGGAGGUGGUCUGGAGUCACACGCCAUAGUCCACAUCGAGGUACUCAACUUGAAUGACGUUAUUCCUGUAAUGUCUCCAAUAGCAACAAUCGCUACUAUCAAUUUUGACAGCCCGAUGGGCCAACCUAUUCAGUCAUACACUUGUAUCGAUGGAGAUGGCAGUGAAACAUCCUUGUCUAUAAACAGUGGGAACAGUCUCGGUCUUUUUGAACUGAACUCAGACAAUGUUUUAGUCUGGGCAGGACAAGGCAACAGCUUGGAUGCAAAUGCAGUUAUCUCACUGAACCUGCUAUGUACUGAUAGUGAACUAUCCAGCCAGCGUGCAACUGGUCAUAUAGCAAUUAGGAUACAAGUCACUGAUGCUCAACCACCUGUAUUCUCCCAGUCUGUCUUUCAGAGAAACAUUUCAGAAAAUGCUGAAGUUGGUACAGUCGUACUCACUGUGUUUGCUACUAGUGAGAGUAUGAACACUUCUUUUUCUUUCUUCAAUUUGCCAGCAGGUUUCCCAUUUGAAAUAGAUUCCAAAACCGGGGAGGUGUCUCUGACGUCUUCACUCAAUCGUGAGGCUGAGUCGCUGUACACAUUCUUUGUAGGUGCUAGCGAUGUGGUUACUUCUGGAGUAGGUGUUGUGUUGGUAGAGAUACGAGUGGAGGACUCAAAUGAUAACGAACCGACAAUAUUCCUAUCUCAAGGAACGAUAACCCUCCGUGAAGAUACCAGCAUAAACAUGGAAUUCUUCAGGCUGAUGUGUACUGAUAGGGACUCAGGGAUAAAUGGAGAGAUAACAUUCAACAUCACAAGUGAACACAGCGAUACUUUUACUGUAUCUAGAAUUAACUCACAAAUUGCUGCACUUUCGCUGCAAAGAAAUCUUGACUUUGAAACACAGACGCAGUACACUUUAGAAAUAGAAUGCAGAGAUGGCGGUUCUCCAUCCUUAGCAGAUUCUGCAACACUUGUUAUAGUUGUCAGUGGUGUGAAUGAAUUCAGUCCAACGUUUUCAGAGCCUGGCUAUUUCUUCCAGAUCAAUGAAACUUCUUUGCCUGGCAGUCUGGUUGGCACCGUGAUAACUAGUGAUUCAGAUGCCGGUGAAGAUGGUGUAUUUGUGUACCAGAUUGAACCAACACAACAGUCUUCAUACUUCACAAUAAAUAGGAUUGGAGAAAUUUACACUACCAGCUUACCACUCAAUUCUAGUGUGACAUCGCAGUUGUCAUUUUUUGUUAGCGCAAUUGAUACUGGCAAUUAUGAGGAUACUGUCCUUGUGACGGUUCAGGUGGUGGACGUGAACACACCUCCAAUACUUUCAGACUUUGGAACAUACUUUGUCACUCUUACCACAAACCAAACAAUACCUGAGAUUAUCCUGGAAGUGUUCUGUUAUGAUAUUGACACCACCUACAAUGCAGAUUUAACUUUAGAGAUUCUGAAUCGACCAGAAGGGGUUGCCGUUGAAACAAUUACACAAUCAGGACGUGUUACAGCUACUUUCACAUUGGCCUCAUUCUUACCAGCUGGCACGUACGACAUCUUUAUUACAUGCUCUGAUAACGGAACCGAAGCUUUGUCAGUGACUUCUAUAGCGACCAUUCAGGUUCAAGGAGCCAACACACCCCCUACAUUCCAUCACGGUUCAAUUUCUGUGAGUAUACUAGAAAAUGCAAUUGAAGGUAUUCUCCUCACCGCUGUUAAUGCAACGGACACUGAGGGUAACGUCACUUAUGCUAUUACUGGCGGAACUGGAAGAGGGGCAUUUACAAUUGAUUCUCAAACUGGUGAAAUCCGUCUCUUACUCGCUCUAAAUCAUGAACUUACCUCUAAUUAUUUUCUGGCUGUGAAUGCUUUCGACAAUUCGAUUGUCAAUCCUUUAUCAGCUCGAAUAAAUAUCAAUAUUGAUGUAAUCAACGUCAAUGAUGAGUAUCCAGUAAUCAUGCCACAAGGAAUCGAGAAUAUCGUUAUCAAUGAAGAUCAACAAUUGGCCACUCCUAUUCAAACCUACACAUGUGUUGAUCCAGACGGAAGUAGCAAUGUAAGAUUCAGCUUUUCUCCAGACAAUUCCCCAUUCACUUUGACUCAAAACGGUGAAAUUGUGCUGCACAACCCUGUUGAUUUUGAAAUCCAAGACAGCUACACAUUGGAAAUUACAUGCACCGACACAGAAAUCCGGCUUGGUUCAGGUGUGACAUUGUCCUCCUCUGUAACACUUAUAGUAGUGGUUGUCCCUGUCAAUUCUCAUGCCCCCGUAUUUCAACCACCAUUCGAGUUAUUCACACCAGAAGACACUGCACCUGGUAUUGUAAUUGGACGACUAAUAGCUACAGAUAGGGACUUGAGGGGACAAGUAACCUUCUCAUCAGACUCACGUACUGAUCUGUUUCUCGUUGAGAGUCAAACUGGGAAUGUAGUGCUGGUCGGUACGCUUGACUUUGAGUCUGUGAACAGACAGUAUACUUUGAUCGUUGAAGCAAGUGAUAACGAUGAGACGUUUGGUGUUACGGGUAAGACUGCUACUGCUAGUAUCACCGUGUCUGUAACUGAUAUAAACGAUAAUUCACCUGUAUGCCAACCUUUCAUCAGUCUUCAGUUACCAACCGGAGAUUACUCUCUCACCUCCUUCGCUCAGCUAUCUUGCACUGAUGAAGACUCCGGUAAUAAUUCUUUACUUGUGUAUACUAUUCAAGCACCAGUACAAAGUGAUGAUGAGGUUUUCAUUAUUGAGAACACUGGUGAAUUGUUCUUGAGAGGUUCUUUCAAUACACCAGGAGCUGUUGUAUUUACUGUACUUGUCCGAGAUUCUGGUGCUGUUUCUCAGUCGACACAAACAACAGUUGCACUUUUGUUUCAAUCUAAUAUUACCAACGCAAUACGAUUUAACCCAAGUCAGUUCAAUGUUACUAUAUCUGAAAGCAUUGACAUUGGCACGUUGAUAUUCAGUGGUGUUCUGAUUCGUGAUGCACUGGUUAAUCCAACAUCGAAUGAAGUAACUUUUGGUCUAGAACUAAGUGUUGAUAACGAGGGUGCCUUUGUGAUAGAUCCCACCACCGGAGACGUUACUCUUAUUGACAACAGGAACUUAGACUACGAAUCAAACAAGAAACAGUUUACCGUCAUUUUAAAUGCAAUAGUGAAUGCAGCUACUGUCAACUCUGCCAUUCUUCUAGUAUCACUAGAAGACUUUAAUGACAACAAACCAGUGUUUAGCCAAACUGUGUACACAGCGGAAAUACUUGAAAAUCAACCUGCAGGCAUUUCUCUCCUCCAAGUAAUGGCAACUGACAUCGAUUCAGGAAUGAAUAGUAUUAUCCGAUACUCUACUACCAGUUCUGAUUUCACGGUAGACUUAAUUAGUGGUGAAGUAACCUCCCUAGUGUCAUUUGAUCGUGAAACAAACGAACGAUACUCAAUCAUUGUCAAAGCUAUGGAUCUGGGCUCACCACGUCUCAAUUCCACCGCACUGAUAACUAUUGUGAUUCUUGAUGAAAAUGAUCAACCUCCAGUCUUCAGAUCAUCACUUUAUAUUAUUGAUAUUGACAACCUGACACCUCCUAUUCAAAAUAUCCUAACUCUUGAAGUCACGGACAAUGAUGCCAACAGUUCUCUUCGUUACGAGCUACUAACGACUGAUUCAGAGAUACAUGAUCUGUUUGUUGUGGAUGUAUUGGAUGGUAUAGUGCGAAGAGGUUCAAGUGAAUUUUCGGCAGAUCACAGAGACAGAUACAAUUUCACUGUUGAAGUUAGCGAUGGAAUAUUUGAGGACACCACCACUGUCAUUGUGUAUGUGGCAUCUGUUACAACUGACACUGUUGUCUUUGCCGAAAAUGUAGAAGGCCUUCGUUAUAAUGUGAGAGAAUUUCUCAUUCUUCAAGACUUCCAAACUUCAAGCCCAUCUUACGAAAUUGUCGGAGGUGACGUGUUUGAUGAAUUCUCUGUUUUGUUGAAUGGAAUGGUGUUAGUUAAUGAUAUACUCGACAGAGAGAGAAUACCUGAAUAUGUUUUGACCAUUCAUAUUACGGAUAAUACUACGCAAGUGAAUGUGAAUGUAUACCUUACAGUAAUUGUGAAAGAUGCCAAUGACAAUACACCUACUUUCCCUAUUGAUCAAUUCACAUUCACGCUACCUGAAGGAACGUACCAAGAUGACCAUAGUAUUGGAUUUAUCACAGCUACUGAUCUAGAUGAACCUGGCACGAAUGCAGCCACCAUUGUAUUCAGCAUUGUUGGAAGCUUAAUUGGAACCGCAGAUGAAUAUUCAAUUCGAUCUCAAACUGGAGAAUUGUUUGUGAAAGAAGGUUCUACUUUAGACUAUGAAAGAUUCCAGAAUAUUACUCUUGUGGUCCGAGCCCGUGAUUUGGGUGAGCCAAGUGCUAAAGUUAAUUCAGUAAUCGUGGUCCUGUUUUUGACUGAUAUCAAUGACAACGAUCCUGAGUUUGUCCCAGUCGAUGUGGUGGAAUACAUCGUCCUUCUCGGGAAGGAAGACGUACUUUCUAACACACGUAUAAACAUUAUUGUAGCCAUACUGCCCAAGAACAUUCAAAGUAAGGCAAACAGAUUUGCAUUCACUGAUCCCGACACUUCAAGCAAUGUCACUGCAUCGUUGAUCAAUACUUCAAAAAACAAUUAUUUCAGACUCGAGCAAAAUUUCGCGGAAAAUACAGCGAUUCUGUUAUCCAAUGAGAAGAUAUCAGCCGCAGAAACAAAUGAUGUCAUAUCCCUACAGAUAGCACUAUCAGAUGAGCCAAACGAACAAAAUCCUAUCAUCAGAAACAUAACCGUGUAUUUCACCGACACUGUCCCUGUAACUCCUAGUAUUGGACCACUGACUCCGACUGUCCCAUUCUUUCAGUCUGAAAUUGGGAUUGCUGUGAUUGUUGUGAUUUGCAUGCUCAUCCUUGCUCUGCUUUCAAUCUUCCUUUGUAUGUGUUGCUAUUGCUACUUGAGAUUGAGAAGAGAGAAAGACCCACUCAGAAAUGUGGAUCGUAUGAUCACAGUAGCACAAAGACUGAACACUGAGACAGACAGGAAAGGGAAAAAGUCUUAUGGCCGCCCCAUGAACUACUUUGGCUACUCCGAUCUUGAUCCUUUGGACUUUCCGGAAUAUUCUACACAAGACCCAGACACUAACUUGCUGUAUUCACCGAAUAUCAAUGGAGAAUUUGAAUCCUCGUUCAUGGGUGAGGACUAUGAUACAGAAAUGGCAGACUUGGUGGAUCAGUUUGAUCCUUCUACUGACACAUCCGUCCUCUCGUCCUUUCCUAUGGAGGACACAAACAGCGACACCAGUCGUGGGUACAUGAUGGGCCCGGUGUUAAAAGCCAUGCUGGAAGAGUGGGACAAGGGAGAUGAAAUGCUCGUCAAAAGUAAGAAGAAAAGGAGAAAAACGAAAGAAAAACAACCUGUAAGCCAGAAAGAAGACGAAUUUUUGUACUAGAUCUAUAAGCCUACUAUGAACCAUUCAUUACUCGAAGUAAAAUUAUUAUUUUCCCGUUUAUUUUGUAUUUAUACUGAUUGUGUUUAUUAUUACACAUGCAGAGCCAAAUCUACAAUCUUGUACAUUUUGGUUAGUCAUUAC